ACAUUGCCCGUUACAGCUGCAGCGACGCCCGUGGAUUCCACAGAAGUUUAUAAAGUUAUAGCCGAGGAUAAACCAAACCAAAGCAGCACAUCAAACCCCGAAACAGUCGACAUGGUGCAAGAGGAGAAGAUUGCUGUAGCGGAUGGCGCCGACGAGCAAAUGCUGGGCUCUGGCGGGCCCGAACAGAAGCUGGCCGGACGAGAUGAGGUCAAAUUCAUCAAGGGCGAUCACCAGAAUGGAGAUGCCAAGAUUGACAUUGGCAACGUUAACGGCAAGGCUGCCUUUACGGGCAUGAGCAAGGAGGAGCUCAUGAAGUACGCCAACGAUCCGUUCUGGGUGCGCUUGCGCUGGAUUUUCUUUGUCGGUUUCUGGGCCAUUUGGGCCGCCAUGCUGGUGGGCGCCAUACUCAUCAUCAUUGGAGCACCCAAGUGCGCUGCUCCGCAGCCCUUGCCCUGGUUCAAGCGCGGACCCCACGCGAAGUUCGCUGGCAUUGAUGCUGCCAAGCCGGAUGACGUUCAGACUGCCCAGAAAAUCCAUGCCACAGGAGCGAUCUAUGAGCUGCCCGCUGCUCUGACCUACAGUGUUAAGUCGCCUGAAGUGGAGAAACAAAUCAAGCAACUGGUGGCUCAAUAUGAGGCCAGCGAUGUGAAGGUGAUCCUCGAUUUGACUCCCAACUAUGUGGGCAAGGAGUCGAAGCUGGUGCAGGAGGCACUCGAGAACCAGGAAAAGCGUGCCGCCUUUGUCUGGGUGAGCGGAAGAACGAGCCCACCCACCAACUGGCUGAAGGUGGGCGGCAAUCGCUCCGCCUGGGAACAGCUGGAUGGCAGCUAUGUGCUCUCGCAGUUCCAAGACGGCUUCUACGAUCUGAAAAUGAACAGCACGCUGAUAAGGAACGAGUUUGGAGGGGUGCUGAGGCAUCUGGUGGGACUGGGCGUGCAAGGCUUCCGCCUGAAGAACACCAAGUUCUUUGUGCUCUCCGAUAGCCUCGAGGAUGAGGUGAACUCUGCCGUGCCCAAGGAUCUUAAUCUGGGACCCAGCGAAUAUGGCUUCUACGACCACAAGCAGACCACCUUCCAGUCUGGCCUGGGCGAUGUCCUCUAUGACUAUCUGAGCAUUGUCAAGAAUGCCUCCGCCGAUGCGUUCCUCUCGGUGGCCGAGGACAUCAUACAGCCACAGGUGUACCAGUUGAGUGAUGUUGCUGGUGCCAACGGCAUUGAUCUGCCCAUGUACGGCGACUUUGUGAAAGUGCUCAGCAAAUCGAAGCCAGAGAAAUCUCUGUUCAAGGAUCUCGAGAAUACUCUCUUCCAAGCGGGCAACGGCAGCUGGCUGCAGUGGAACUUCCGUGAUGUCUACGUGGACACGCCCCAUGACCCGUCAGCGCUGGCCCUGUUCCUCUCCAUGUUGCCAGGCGUGCCCGUGGUGUCGGUGGACGCCAUCGAGUAUCAGAAUGUAACCGAGAAGACUUACAAGCACAUCGAACAGCUGCGUCACUCGGCCUCGUACAUGCACGGCGAGCUGCAGCUCUAUGAGGCUGAUCCUCUGGUGGCCUUCUCAAGGCAGAGAAUCAAGUCUGGCAAUCCUGGCUACUUAGUGAUCUUCAAUCCCACCGACUCGCCACAGUCCAGCAACAUAACCAGCGAACUGCCCGACAAAAUGACCGUCUCGGUGUUCAGUGAGAAUUUCAAUAACUACGAGGAUGUCGAAAAGGUGACGCCUCUAGGCAAAGUCAGCCUCAGCGAGCUGAAGGUGGCACCACAGUCGGCCAUUAUACUGACCUAUGUGCCAAAGAAGGCGGAGUAAAUAGGGUUGUAAAUGCAACAAUACAACUAUUUUAUUGCACAAAUAUAUAUGUGCAUUUAUAUAAAUUAGCUUAGCUUGCUUCAGCGUCAACUGAGAUUCAAAGCCGCAAAACAAAACAAAAAAAUUUGUUGAGAACA